GGAGGAAGCCGGAAAUGUGAGCUAUUGGCCCUAGGAGGGGAAUUUCGGUGGAGCGGAGCCGGCGGGGUGGAGGGGGUGGCGGGGGCGCAGGGAAGGGCUGCGGCACCGCGUGCUCCCGCCGGCGUAUCCCUACGCGGCUCCGCGCGGCCUCGGGGUCCGAGGCCCGCGGAGAGGGGGAGGCGAGCGCCCGAGGGGGCGGCAGCCGGCGGGCGGGGCGGGGCGGGGGUGGGUGGGCCCGGCCCCUCCGAUUGGUCGACGGCGAGAGAGACGCUCCCGCACGCCGCCAGCUCUGAUUGGCCCAGCGGUAGGAAAGCUUCUGCCAGACAGAUGGAACUCUCCAGCAUGAAAAUCUGCGCAGCCAUUCCAACAAGCAGGGCUCUGCCUGAGGUUGUCCGAAGGAUGCCGAGGAAAAGGAUAUCAGGACUGGAAUGGCUCUUACAGCAAGAUCCAGGUUUUUCAUUAGUCAAUACAGUGAAGGCUGGCAUGAUCAUCAGCUUCCCAUCAAAUAAUAUCUACUCAUCAGUGUGCUGUUGUCAAUCAGAGAUUUUCAAGUAUGAGUUCUCCAACUCAAAGAAAAGUAGCUGGAUCCAGGAAGAAAGGCAUUUGGGGAGGAACAACGUUCUUUACAGUGCUCAUGAUGUGUCUCCAGAGAAAGUUACUUCAGCACUAAAAAAAAAAAAAAAACAAACAACAACAAUAAACAACUUUCCUCUACAGUAUCUUCCAGGGUCUAAACUAUUAGACAGGUUCCUGAGUUUAUCCAGAUCUCUCCUAUGUCUGAAUUCUUGGUCAUCUUCCUUGCCUCUGGCUCCACAGGUAAAGAAGAAAUAAUAAUAAAGGAACAAAAAUUAUAUGUUUCUGUCGGGCUGACUCAUUCCACUUUUGAAGCACCCAGUGGAUUAAUUAGUCUUAUUAUUGCAUUUACUGUCACCUACACACUUGCUUGUGGGAAGUCACUCCUCUUGGCAUUUGCUUAGUUGGAAAAAGGAACACUAAGACUAUAGCCACUGGAUAAUGCUCUUGAAGUUCACGGCACUGUGGCAGCAUAAAGCUUGAACAGACCUAGUUUUUUUAUUGAUGGAGUGCAACUGAUAUAGCACCACUUUUCUCUGACACUGUAUAUUAGCUUUUAGUUAUGAACUACUUCCUUCCAGUGCAGCAGUUGUUGCCUACCAUUGGUACCAGUUUGGCACCAUUAUAAAGAAACAUUGUACCUCUUAUAGGAAGAAUUUGGAGAGUUUUGGUAUGGUAAUCAAGAUGUGUAUUGUAAUAAUUAACUGAAUUCUGUGAACACACUGUUUCUACCUUAAGUGAAAGAAAAAGAGAACAGCUGCAAUUAUUUAUCUUCACUCAUUUCUCAUAGAUAGCCAGGAUUUUUCAGUGUACAUUCUCUUGUCCUGAAAUUAUUUUCAGUUCUUGUUGGUUCUUAUAGAUUAUAAUGAGAAAGGCACGAGCAAGAAAUUUGAAAUAAAGAACACAAAAUGAGAUUGCCCUUUGAUUGUUAAAAUUGCAGAUAAACACAAAAUAGAUCAGCAAAAUAUAUGCAAAGUUAUCUUAACAGAUUAAUUCCUAUCCAGCAGGCUUUAACAAAAACUAAUAGAAGCUAUUACAUAUUUACAGAAAAAAAAUUUAGCCAUGAAAGCUACUAAAGAAAAGCCAGAAACAGCGUAAGAAUGCCCUACUCAAAUAUGAUUCAGAGAUGAGGGUGGGGACUUUAUUCCACUGGACUUCAGUCCCAGUGACAAGGCCACUACUAUUGUGAAUUAAUAUCAGGCUAAUUAAACUUGAUGUUAUUAAAUGUUCUAUCCAUAAAAAUUUUUCAUUCAGAAUUCAUGUUUUUCAAACAACAUUCUGGAUUAUUAUUUAGCUGUCAAAGUAGCUGUGUUCUUAGAAAAUACAUCCGUCAGGGCUGGGUACAGUGGCUCAUGCCUGUAAUCCUAGUGCUUUGGGAGGCCAAGACAGGAGGAUCACAUGAGGCCAGGAGUUUGAGACCAACUAAGUCAACAUGGUAGGACGCUGUCUAUAUCCCCCUCUACCCCCCCCCGCCCAAAAAAUUAGUCAGACAUGGUAGCACGUGCUUGUAGUCCUAGCUACUUGGGAGGCUGAGGUGGGAGGAUCACUUGAGCCCAAGAGUUCAAGGUAGCAGUGAGCUGAUCGCACUACUGCACUCUGGCUCAUGCAAGAUGGGAAGAUCCUGUCUCAGAAAAGAUUAAAAGAACACAAACUAAUCACACAAAUUUCAAAUAUACUGUUUAUAAUGGUAGAAACAUUUUAGUGAGCAAUGAUCCUGGCCUUUAGUGAGGUUUUUCUCAUAACAGUUAAUUUGUCAUAAAUGAAUAAUUUCUGGGUAAAACAUUAUAAUUUUGUUUUUUCUUUCUUUAUUUAUUUUUAUUUUUAUUUUUGAAACAGAAUCUCAUUUUGUUGUCCAGGCUGGAGUGCAGUGGCGCCAUCAUGGUUCACUGCAACCUCCGCCUCCCAGGCUCCAGUGAUCCUCCAGCCUCAGCCUCUUGAGUAGCUGGGACUACAGGCAUGCUCCACCACGCUCGGCUAAUUUUUGUAUUUUUUGUUGAGAAGGGGUUGUGCCAUGGUGUCCAGGCUUGACUUGAACUCCUGGGCUCAAACAAUCAGCCUGCUUUGGCCUCCCAAAGUGCUAGAACUACAGGCAUGAGCCAUGGAGCCCAACCUGUGAUUUCUUUGCUGUGUACCCCCAUUUGAUGGAUAAUUUUUUGGCAUGUUGAUAAACAUCAGGGUGUAAAGUAUCCAGUAUGAGGGGUAAAGCCAGGAUUAUAAUAAACUUGUCAACUUCAGGUUUUCUUGCUAGCCUUUUCUGUGAUAUACAAAGUGCACAUACAACUACAUGGGUAGGAGAAUCGUUGAAGUAAGUUAUCAUUGUUCAAACAAUAAUUUGUUGGAACCAAAUAUCACCCACAAUGAAAUUGUCUACCUUAAAAGAAUGGCCAUAGAGUCAAAAACUUUCUUUUGAAUCCUGGAUUCACUAUUUAUUUGAUGUGAGAUCACCUUUACUUUUAUACCAUCAAUUUCCUCAGUGUAAAGAGUGUAUUAUUAAAAUUCCCUCGUAUGGUCACUUCAAAAUUAAAAUAAAUAAUUCACAUAAAUGCUUAGCACUGUGCCCAGAGUAUGGACAUGAAUGUAAAAUAAUGCCUUGACAUUUUAUCACUAAGAGUAAUAAUAUUAUUAUCAUAAUAAGAUGAUGUUGAUUCAGGAUAUGAUUUGGGCAGCAAAAUUUUCACAGGGACCAAUUGCAGAAUACUCGAGAUCAUAUAGUUUCUAGAAAUUAUUCCCACUCUAAUAUUUAGAUCGAUUACGGUCCCGCCUUUGCCGUCCUCUGAAGUAUCAGAUCUUAUAUUUAUUCUUUAUAAUUCUUUAUCAUUCAUAAUAUUUGAGGAAUAAAUUAAUGAAUGAGUAAUCUUCUAGACUCUCCCAAAUCUCUCUCAAUGGCUUAAUACUAUCAAGACUUAUUAUUCCCUCAUAUCACAUUCCAGUGCAAGUUGGGUGAAGAGUGGAGUGAAUCUGUUUCAUUGAGUCCCAUUUAGUCAUUCAGGAACCCUGGAAGUGACUCUGCCAUUCUUUAGGGCUUUGGAGUCUUCCAAAGGAUACACAACAUUGGGUAAGGAAGGAAGAAAGCUUAUUGGAGAGCCAGCAGGAUAAUUCCUUAAUCCCAUUGACUUGAAGUCAACCACAUGACCCAACCUAAUUGCAGGGGAGGUGUGGGAAUAUAAUUUAGCUGUGUAUUUUGGAGGAAAAAGAAAUGGGCUGGCACAGUAGCUCACGCCUGUAAUCCCAGCACUUUGAGAGGCAAAGAUGGGAGGAUACCUUGCAUCCAAGAGUUUGAAACCAGCCUGAGCAACAUAGUGGGACCAUGUGUCUACAAAAAAUAAAAAUUAAAAAACUAGCCAGACGUGGUGACAUGCGCCUGUAGUCCCAACUACUCAGGAGGUUGAGGCUAGAAAAUUGCUUGAGCACGGGAGGUUAAGGCUGCAGUGAGCCAUGAUGGUGCCACUGCACUCCAGCCUGGGUGACAGAGUGAGACCCUAUCUGAAGGAAAAAAAAAAAAUGGGUUUGCUGAACACACAGCAUUACUUCUGCCCUACUAAUUAACCAAACACUGCCACUAACAAAAUUAGUUUUACGAUUCUUCUAUAAAUUUUCACUUACCUAAAGAUGGUGAGGAACUCUUGCCUAGGAAAUUAAUUUGCACAUAGUUUUAUAGAACAAUAUAUCUUAUAUUAGAAAGUCUUUGUCAACAAGGAUUGGAAAGUAUCACCUUUUGAUAAGUCUUUGUUCUAUAGGAAUUCUCUGGAUAACUUUUUGUGAAGCAUUUAUCCUACUUCAUUUCUACUUAAAGCUCGUAUAUAUGACAGAGACUAUAUCCUUAAAUGAGCAUUUCCUUGCUUUUAUCAUCUUGUGUCAUUAUCCCAACAUUCUUUUAUUAUAGUUGUUAUUGAGAGCAUACUUUCAGAUUUAGCAUAGAGAUUAACUGUGAAAUAAGUAAAUAGUGAAUUGUUUAGUUGGAAUGAAGUAUAAGAGUCAAUGCUUUUAAGAGGUUUUUUUUUUCAAUUUUAACUGCUAUUUCUAAGUGACUACAAUACUCGAAAAGUGAAUUGACAAUCUUAGAUUUAAGAUUUUUUUCUAUGAAGAAUUGCUGUGACAUUAAACUUUACACACAAUGUAAACUUUACUAUGAUACUCCAAAAUAUGCUUUUUCAAAAGUUCCACUUUACUGAUAAGAGUUCCCUAUAUUAAGACCCUUUCAGCUCAUGAAUUCUUGGGGUCUUUCCAAAUGAAAGACUUUCAAUGUUUCCAUGACAGUGUUUACUCAUUAUGGUUAAGGAAAGAGAUUCAUAUUGCCUGCUUAUUUGACACUUUGCCUAAUAAAUUCCAAAUAAUAACAAAUAGCACUCUAAACAAUUUACUUAUUAAUACCAAUAAUCUGUUGGAGACUGGUUGUGUAUAUUUAAUGGUUUCCUUUCCACUGAGAGUAUUUUCAACUAUAUUGAUACUACUUUGUAAGAAAUCACUAUUUUAAUUAUUUUCUCAUAAUUAAUAUGCAUAUAUGAAACUGGCAUUAUAUGUUGAUAUUUUUAUUAGAGAUUAAAAUAUCCUUUAUUAUCCAUAUUUAAUAAAAGACAUGUUUGUGAUACAUAUUUAGAUACAGUUUUAAAUGGCCAUUUUAGUUAUUAAGUGAAGUUAAAGACUGACUUUUUUUUCAACUUUUAUUUUCGGUACAGGGUACAUGUGCAGGCUUGUUACAUGAGUACAUUGCCUCCAGUCAGUGAGCAUUGUACCCAAUAGGUAGUUUUUCCAUCCACACUCCCAUCUCGACCUCCCCACUCUAGAAGUCUGCAGUGUCUAUUGUUCCCAUAUGUGUUCAAUGUUUAGCUCCCACAUAGAAGUGAGUACGUGAGGUAUUUGGUUUUCUAUCACUGCAUUAAUUUGUUUAGGAUUAUGGCCUCCUGAAAUAAAAGAAACAAAAGAUUGACAUUCUUUAGAUGAUUAUACAUUCAUGUACAUACUUCUGCUUCUAGUGAUUAUAGCACUAUUAAUUCUUAUAUAAAAUAUUUGUUGUUUUCCAACUGCUUUUUAGUGCAUGCAUUUUAUAAUUUUUCAUAUAAUUACCUGUUUGCAAAUUAAAGGAGGCUAGAGAGUUCAUUGUAACAUCAUAAUUUUGUUUUUUAUGCCAGCCUAACCAACUUUAGCCUUUAUUAAAUAAAUAAAAGUUGAAAAUGAA